AUGCAUUGGGCUAAAGCUGACAAGCAGAAUGUUGCAAUUAUUCUUCUGGACUUUGAGAAAGCAUACAACAGAAUUGAGUGGCCCUUCAUUAGAGGGAUGUUGCAAGCUUUUGGAUUUCCCUCAUAUUUCUGUAGAUGGAUUUAUAUUCUCUUUAAGGACUCUUCCAUAGUCAUUGAGGUUAAUGGUGAACUCUUUGAACCUAUCCCCCUUAAGAGGUCUAUCAGGCAAGGUUGCCCCAUUGCCCUGACCUUGUUUGCCAUUACUACUGAUGCACUUUUCUACAUUCUAAGAGCUCCUGCCCUCGGUCCUCCUAUUAGAGGUCUAACCCUACCUAAUUAUGAGGAUUUGAUCAAUGCCCAAUUUGCUGAUGAUACUGCUUUAUUUUUGGUUUUGAAUGAGGAAAAAUUUGAUAAUGCUAUGAAUAGAUUGUAG